GUACAAUCGAGCAUAGAAAAACCUUUCAGAACAACGCAAAAUUGUUGAAAUAUUAGAUGCCAAAAUUUUAGUAGUGAGACUCGCGCUGAGCCUCUUCUCACAAAUAAGUAUGCGUUUAAUUAGUAAUUUAGUACUUGUGGUUUUGGUAGCGAUAAGCGAGUUCGAUCGAAGCUUUGCCAUAAACUAUGGCAAUGCCGAAAUAGUUCGGAGGGAUAUAAACCAGAGGAGAGUCCGUCAUGGAGUCCCAAGAUUGACCUUGAACAAAAAGCUCAGCAAAGACUGCCAACUUUAUGCUGGGAAACUUUCCAAGUGGAAGAAUAUUACCUAUUCGGACCCUACUAACAAGGAUUACACAGAAAGCAUCUGCAAAUUUGAUGUGAAGAGGGGAGCACUUACAAGGUGUGUCAGAAACUUGUACAGAGGUGUAAAAUACGAUUUUUUAGACUGGAGGGCUAAAGAUUUUACUGCAAUGAUUUGGAGGUCUUCACAUUCCUUGGGUUAUGGCGACGCUAACAUAAAUGCUCGACAAGGCGUUUUGGUUAUCAGAUAUAGUCCACCUGGGAAUGUGAAAGGAUUAUACACGGACAAUGUUCCUCCCAAGAAACCAAGACAGAAAAAGAAAACGAAAAAGCAUAAGUAUAAACAAAAACGAGGCUGUGCCAAUCGUCAGUAUAAUCGAUGUGCCAUAUUGUUGUCGAUUCUUGUUUUGGUGUCUACUAAUUGGCCAAAUUAAUGUCUACUAUCUGGCAACCUGGCUUAUCAUAAUCUCAUUAAUAGAACCAAAACUAACCCUCCUUGCCAACGGAAAUUAUUAGUGUAACGACGACAUCUUCUCGCUGGCAAAGUGAAGACUCAACUGACUCAAUCUGCUUUCAGAUCGCCAUAUAUAAGGGAUCUCGAUUUUGCGAAACCGAAGAGCGAAGAGACAACGAAAACAUUUAAUUUUAUGAGACCAUGCUAAUGACGGUUUGAAAAUAAGAUUAAGCACGAAGGUGAGAUAUAAAUCGAUAUUUACUAUGACAGGAGCUGAGGAGGGAUACUCUUGAUUAAUCAUAUAUGACAAAUGGGUUCUGAGAAGCAACCAAGCAAAUCUAGACAUUUUCCAAAACUCUUGUAAAAUAAAUGGCAAACAAAUUUAA